AUGGCCGUUGAUCCUUCGCUGUUUACUCCCUGGUUCGGCCCGCAACAGGCGGCAAAUUACUUCCCCUCCCUACUUUCCGACGGGGUUUCACAGACACAAGCCUUGAACACCAACCGUUAUCUACUACAUUGUGUCCAUAACGGAGGAAUAACACCCAAAAUUUUCGCCGUAUGGCUAUUUCUUGCCCAUCAAAAAUUUCCUUGCGUCCUUGGGGACGCCCUACGCGAUGAGGUCUCGCGUGGUGUGCGCAAGACCGGCAUAGACGUGCUGAAAUGCGCCCUGAGAUCAGAGAAGUGGUGGGAAAACGGUUGGAAGACAGUGGGAGGCACAGCCGGUAUGAAGGAGAUCUUUGAGAAGCUUAGCAUCCAGGACGCUAGGCGGCUGGCAAGAGCCAUCGGCUCGUGCUCAAACACCAGUGAUCCUCUGAAACGGCAAGCGAUCGAUGAGCUGAUUCAUCUGUUGCUCCCGGAUCUUUUCAAGCCUCCAUCGAUGCAGGUUCGGUACAACUCUCAACAGCUACUCAAGUUGGAGGACGUAAUGCCGUUGUUUAACCUGUCCAGCGACGCCACUCUGACGAAGGUCUUCUCAACACCCCUGUCCGACGAUGUCACCGGUUCCUUGAUGCGACAAUUGCUCAAGUCUCACAUGUUGCUACUAAGGGAUAUUGCCGUCGGGGUAGUUCCGGUCCAUCCUCCGUUCCGGAGGCGUUUGCUCGACCAGCAUCUCGCUGCGUUGCUUACAUCGAGUGAACCCUACGAGUCCCGGCUCGGUCACGGCAGGAAAGCCGGCUUCCCAGCUAUCGAUAUCACCUUGGACCUUUUCGCAAGUGACUCGGGUGUUUUGGAAAAGGCACGUGCGGUCGAUUGGCAUGCUCGCGUUCGGUGCAUCGAUCUGGCUCUCACAACCGCUCGCCGUCGAAAAGUGCCUUUCGACGUUAUCUUUGCCUUCCUUGAGCAGGUGUUACCAGACCUGGGACAUUCGGAACGGAAGCUCAGCGAUUGGGUACCCCUCAUAUUUUCACUAAUAGAAUUAUGGGUAAUUGCUGCUUUUCCAGAGGCACAUCUAGAGUCGGUUUCUGAUGCGCCUGCUGGACGUUAUCGGGAGCGACUGCAUCCGUCCCGACCACGAACGACCCACAGGGAUUCCUUAGAGACAAUGCUUCGAACAGCUUUUUGCACCCUAUCAAACGAUAAAUUUGCUCAUUGCCUCAGAACUCUUCUUCCCAAGGCCAUUGCGAAGGCAAGGCUUCCCCUACUCAAGAUUCUAUGCAAGCACCUGCAGUCCCUUGAGAUUGAUCUGGAGCAGCCUAUGCCGUCAGAGAAGGAGCGCAAACUUUUGCCAUGGAGUUCGUCGUUUCUCAUGUCUCUCCCCGGUCGCGAUGCAACAUGGCUACUUGAGCGCGCAACACUACUAUCGCCGAAUAAGAGCUUGACCGGGUCUUUCCGUUUCGAGUGGCCAGCGAGCGCAGGGGACUCGUCAUCUUUCCGGGAUGUCUUGAUUCGAGUCUACUUGGAAGCUGCGGACAGGGAAGCGACCGACCCUGCUAACUUAGUAGCCCGUAAAUUAAUUGAAGACGUAAAGCGCAAGGCUGUUAAAGCCCGUGACCCCGAAGACCGGCUGCAGUGGGCAAAGCUGACGAUCACUACCGCAAGGAUGAGCCGAGACAUUCGCCAUGUGCAAGGUGUCAUCUAUUGGACAUCGCGCUUCAUCCGGGAUCCGUCCGUGAGACCAGAUCUCGCAAGAAGAAUUUAUCGGGAGGAUGUUGCAUCCGUUCUAUCGUGUGUGGUAUCGCCAACUCUAGAGGAGCUGGCCGCUAAUGUAGCCAUUGCUGACGAGGUGAUAUCUCAUCUCCUGGAACAGGCGCUUCUAACAGUGCAAGAGCCGUGGUAUAAGAUCAACCAGGAUCAAGGUUUUGGCCGGCUACUUAAGCUUGUCGUUUCUAGCCGGAUACAUGCGGUGAAGCGCUUGUGUUAUCGUGGUCUAGGGAGCGAACAGGACGUGGUGGACAGGUUAUUCGAGGGAAUAGUGCCAAUACUGCUCAGAUAUGAAACAUUGGGUAGCACGGAAGGAUACGAAUCCCUUGGGUGGGGACAAUUGUCUGGCCCACUUACAGACCUCCAUUGCCCGCCGAACCCACCAGUCCCGAUUCUAAAGCUCUUGGAUUCGCUCGCACAGCACAGAGAUCAUCUUUGGGUUAAACAGCGCAGUAUUCGGAGCCCACAAACCGAUACUUUGUCCGAGGGCCUACCGCGAGGUCUACCGCUUCAGUAUUUCCUUCCUUCGCUGGAAUGGACGAUAGCGGUGAUGAAAUCGCAAGGGCCUAGCGCCUUUGUAACUCAAAGAGUGACCGAAGUUGUCUUCUCCAAUCCUGGUCUACUCCUUCAAACAGUGAAGGAGGACGAGCGCAAAGUGUACUUGGUGGAUAGCUUGAGAUUUGCAAUAGGGGCUUACGUCGAUCAUCUACCGGUCGCUGAACGGGGGAAAAUGAUACUGGAGAUUUGGAGGCAUUACUCGGAAAGAAUUCCAUCUUCUGCAGGCCAUCUGGAAGCCUUCAGGAGAAUAAUGUGCCCCGUGCUGGAAGAAUCCCGAAGCUUACGGAGACUGGCGAGCACCAUCGACCCUCCCCAGUUGCCUUCUGUGGAUAUAUUCAAGAACUUGUCACGCGACUCACCAAGCCUCGAAUGGGAGCCCCGAUCAGCAGAUAUACCACAAAAUGGACAGGGCUGUUGGGAGGGUUCACUAUUACAGGUUCGAUUGUUUGCCGAGAAGGAGGACAAGUCUUUAGAGACAUCAUUGGCAUAUCCCAAUGUCUCCAUCGGGCGGCCAGCACCUGAGAAGCCCAAGACCUGGGAGAUAUGGUUGCUCAAAUAUGGCCCCUGGAGUCUUUCCUCCCAGUACCGAGAAUCUCUGAUUGCCUCCGCCCUCUUGUUUCUCAACAGUCUAGCCCGCAAUACGGACCGCAUAUUGUCCAAACCAUUUCCCGAAAAUACAGAUAUUCUUCGGUAUCCACCAGUGCACCUUGAUUACGAAUUUCUGUCCUCCAUCGACAACCAGAAGAAAGCAGCAACUGUAGCUGUUCGUCUUCUUAAUCGCUUGGUUAAAAUAGUACCACCUACCCUGCUGUGUGACCUUUCGCUGUCCCUCUUGAAAACUCUCCACGUCCUUGAAAGCACAUCGCCAAAAUAUGCACUAGUUCAGCAACUUGCAUUUAGAACAAUGGCACUGGUGCGGCGCUCAGAUAGGCCUGAACUGGCGGCGAUGCUAGGUUUGAAAGCGCUUCAGCUAUUCCCAGAAGCUUCGUCGUGGCACCGGAUGGCAUUCCCCUCGUCGCUCCUCGAGGCCCUCACUCGCCCAAAUGCGGACCGGGUUAUAGGCGAUUUCACUGCGUAUGUUUUCAAAGCAUUAGAAGAGCAGAAGCAGAAAGCAAGCUUGAAACCUCCGACAAGAGGGACGGUAAUUAAGAUCACAACGGUGAAGAUGCUGGCUACGAUGCUGGCGGAAAGCAAAUCUGGCGUGUCACCCCUUGCUGCCGUCAAGGGUUUGAAUGAUCUCUUUCAUGCCAGCAAUCAUAUUGAUGUCCGGGUAGAAGUGUGCAGGGCUCUACUGAAGAUCAUAGAGGAGUGCGAUGGCAAUGAACAGGCCUACGAAACAUUUACAUCGCUCACAUCCUACGCCGCAGUGCCCAGCGAAACCACCGACUGUAGAUCUUGGUUGCAAUCAGAGAGCGCCGAGCUUCCGAGGGUGGAUUGGCAACGACCCCUUCUCAAUUUGUUCACCAAUGAUGCCUACGACAAACUGCCUGCAAGAUAUCGUGAACACUACACCUACAACGCGCUUCUACCGCUCCUUGACGAAUCGACAAGACAACAUAAUCGAUGGACGCACCAAUUCCUUUCCCCACUUGAUCUCACGCCCGACGAGCGGUCGGUGACUGACUUUGGCCCUUUUGAGCCAGAUCUGAUUGAAAAAUUAAUGGAACGAUGGUCUGAAUACCUGCCCCGGGAAUUUCUUCUUAGGUACCGGGCUUGGAUGCUGGCCUAUCUUGAUUGCAUACGGCUCCGGAACGUCGAUGACAAGAUGACCGGGAAAGACGGAUCAUGGCGGACUUCUGACUCAUAUUCUCACUGGAGUAGGUGGUUCGGUGUCCAUGCUAGAAUCAAAUCUUUCCAUGCGCUAUUAGGAAACAUUGUAGCCAAGAAGGACCCCAAGGUUCCAAAUGGCAUAACCCGGGAAGAUCUCGCGGAUGAGAUUGUGGCCUGUGGAGAAAUCUUUCUUCGCAAUCCCUUCAAGAUGUUGUCUUAUCAGGUCGACGUGUCUUUGGACCGAAUUACGAACCUACUUUCUACGCUAGGGAUUACCCAACCCAAUCGUCGCACCGAGGUUUUGCCGAUUGCAGAACGAAUAAUAGCAUUCGCGCAGGGGCUGCGAACCGAAGAAUGGACUAGCGACCCGUAUCGCAGCCCCCCUGUUCUCCCCUCCAAAUUCCAACUCCAAAUCCUGCUUCUCCCGUUUCCCCAGUUCCACCAAAAGGAUCCUUACCGGUACACCAGGUUUGUAUCCAGCACGUUGGCUUUGGUUGAUGAGUGUGUCUGUUUUGAUACGUACAUCGCCGACAGGGAUGCUCUCCAGGAGGCGAUGAGUCGCGUAAGAAAAGAGGACGCGCGCCAAUGUGCACUGGAAUUCGGACAGCGGUAUGAGUCCAGUGCAACUACCCUUGUACAGUACGUGAGGGUAUGGCUCGCACAGGUUUUGAUACUCAGAUGCAACAUGCACAAGGACGAAAAUGAUUUGACAGUACGAGCAAUGAUGUCUCAGUGGAGGAACAGUUUGAACGAGUCGAUACGAACUAUUGGAUGGUCUACCUACCCCCAAGCCCCUUAA